AGCCACUUUGGCUGGGAGGAGUCAGGGGCGCUGGGUUGCUUGGUCUGGCUGCGCAGCUUGCUUUAGGCAGGCAGGAGGGGCCGCUCUUACUCCGCAUACGCACGGCGCUCCAGGGGGCCCUGGACGCGCGCUGCGAGACAGCGGCUACCAUGGUGGUUCUUCUUAAUGAAGAUGAGGAUGAGCGUCUUCUGAAGAAAGGGCCCGACCUGUUCCAGGAGCUUCUGCGAGUGUACCCCGUGGCCGAGCCCGAGGACUACUUCAAGGCCGGGCAGUGGCGCGACGAGGUGAUGAAAACAGACCUCCAGCUCAUAGAGGCGCACCGCCUCGAGGCGGGCGCUCCAGAUCCGCCCGCGCUGGACGAGGUAAAGAUGCCGGAGCUGCCGACGGCCCAGCCGGCGGGCGCCGGCGUGCGCCCGCCAGUGACCGGCCUCAGCGCGCUGAUGGGCGCGAGGGCAACCGUCGCCGGCGGGGCACCCGCGCUGGCGGCCCCUGGCAGCGGCGUGGUGGAGCUGCGCCUCAUGGCGCUGUUUGUGGCCAAGUGGAAGCUGGACGCGACGAAGACGAAGCUGGCCCUGGCGAAGCUGCCUUCGGAG